AUGCGCAAGAAAGAAAACGGCAGCGAAUGGAGACAGGUCAGGAACCUCGAGUCCCUCGAGACAGAAAAUGAUUCUUAUAUUGAGGACUUAGAGGCGAGAGUGCAGGGCCUUAAGGAGCUCAGUCUGGCAAUGAGGGAGGAGGUGAAGGCCUCAAACAGUCUCCUAGGCUCGAUGAUGGGGCGGUUAGAAGGAGUUCGGAUGUCUGUGCGGAACUCGGUGCGACGCAUGGACCAAAUGUUUAAGUCAGGAGGAGGAUGGCACAUGCUGCACUUGGCAGCGUUUGUUUUGUUCAUCUUCUUGAUCUUCUACUUCUUCUUCGCCAAACUACACCCCGCCGCAGCAACAGCAACUCCAGCAACAGCAGCAGCAGCAACAGUAACAGCAGCAACGGGAACAGGUAGCGGAAAUCUUGCUGCUGCUGCAGUUGCUGCUAAGGCCUCAAAGGCCACGAAGAUGUACUUCGCGCAGCAGCAGCAGCAGCAGCAGCAGCAGCAGCAGCAUCGGGAGCAGCAGCAUCGGGAGCAGCAACUGCUGCCCUAG